AUGUUAUCCCUCUGGAGCGCCGCUCGCCAAUUGCUCUACUUCACCAUCGCGAUUCUGCUCGCCUGGACCACCAUUUUCUCUGCUUCGUAAGUGCUGGGCCAUUCUCAACGUCUCCUUUGGUUCACAAGUGUGGCGAUGUUCAUGGCUCGAAAUUUACGUCAUGCCUCCAUGCCCGAACUAACACAUGACUCUAAACACCGCGCUGUUCAUCUUGCUUGUGACCCUUCAGCUUCAUUGGCAGGAGCGAAGCCGUGUUCGGCUAUCACUGGAACUCGGCUUCGCUCUUGUUGUCGUCAUCCGUGAUCGGUAACAUCUUCAUCGCCUUGUAAGAGCGCCCUGAAUGUAGUUUCGCGUACUUCCGGUACUAAUCCUCAAGUUCUGCUUCUGCUGUACAGGCACUUUGUCGUUCACGCGAACAACAACGAAUCCUUUAGCGCUUCGCUGUUCUUUGAAGUGAGUUCCUAGCCAUUGUGCUUGAACUUGAUUCAAAGGCGGGUUUAUUGACAAGCCCAAGUUAUGACUUGGAUUAGACGCUUGGCGUUUGGAUUCUUUGGGUCCUUUUCCUCGGUAAGCAGAUCCUCACUCGCCCUCUCGGCGUCUUCAGCUGUGCUAAAACCAUCUACCGUUGUUGAGCGUAGUCGGCGCCUCGGACCUCUCUGGUGACUUUCCUUCCGGAUCUGUCUGCAUUCGUCACAUCUGUGCUUUCGCUCGUCUCACAUUGGUAAGCAUGAUUCCAGCCUUUCUAUCAUUUUCUCCUCUUUGGGUAGCACUAACCAGACAAGUAUGGCUCUCCCUUCUCAGGCGUUCGCGUGGGUCACCUGGUUCAUGCUCAGCUGGCUACUCUUCAACCUUUUCGUGGCGGGCAUCACCCAUGGCGUGAGGAUCGAGAACCACACCGCGGCAUGGAGGGCACCUUACAAGGUCUACCUUAGAGGGAGCGACCCAGAACAACUCACCCCGAACGAAGCUCCUACGCCCUUGUCCGUGAGCGCCCCUCUGGAAGCUGGUCAACCCGCCGCCGCCGCUAUCGCCCACCCGACUGCACCGAUCCCCAUGACCGAAGUCUGA